UGUUCUUCCGCUGCCUGCCUUCACUCACUGCCCGCCCCGACCGACACUUUCGUGUGUGAGCUGAGCGUGACAGGUAGGUAGCAACAGACAGAGAGGCCGGCAGCAAGACAAUAGCAUAAGAGCGAGUCAAGGAGAGAGAGAGUCUGCCAUGGCAUGCCAGGCUGUCGUGUGCGCAUCUUUGUCCGUCUGACAAGGCUGAAUCCGCACUCACUCGACACAGUGAGGGCACACGAUGCCCACAAGGCAUUCAUCGUCUCUCGCUGUUUUGUGAGGGCAUUCAUUCGGGACCUGAGACGUCCCCUCUUCACUGAUGUGAUCCUCUCAGUUUUGACCGACCAUCACAGCAGAGAGUCUGUCAUGAGAGGGUGUCUUCCAGGUCUCUCGCUUCCACCAGCUCCUUGUACUUGUCUCCCUUCUCACGUAUCUCAUCCACAGACAUGCCCUGCAGCUCCCUUGUGAUGUCAGCCACCUUAGCGCUCUUCUUAAGCGGACACGUCUCCACAGAAGGCGCCUCAUACGUCUUGCUCGGCCUGUCGGCCUGCGCCGGAUCUUCCUCCACUUGCAGAACAUAAGUGCCGUUCGCUUCAAGCCCCUCAAACCAGUCUGACUCACCGUCUUGUGAUUUUUCUACUUGUUGGCCCUGUCCGUCUUCCAUCGUGAUAGCAGCGUUCUCGCCAAAGGCCAGUCUGAUGCCGAACUCCUCGUCCAGCCUUGACAUCGCCAGCCGCCCUCGCUCGACGUCGAAUGGCUUGGUGUAGUGGAGGAACUUGACAGUCACAGCGCCCUUCUCCGGUGGGGCCGACUCGGACGCAUCACAAGACUGUGCAGGCGGGCCAGGGGACUCACUUACAGCGGUAGGCUGCGGCUCCUCCGCUACUUGUGGUGGUUUCUUCUUGCGUGUUGGGGCCGAUGGUUGCUGGCCUUUGGUGGCUGCUUUCGCUUUGCCUUUAGAUUGCUGUGCCUUCGGCCGGCCUGCUGCCUUGCCUGAGAUGGACAAGGCCAUCCGAAAAGCCACUCUGAGUCAGG